GGCGAGCCAACGGUUCUUCUUCACCACUUGUGUACCGUCAUUCAAACUCUUACCAGCGACCACCUGGCACACACCCCAUGGCCACUUGAUGUACAAAAUCAGAACAAGUCUUGUCGCUCUGACUGUGUGUCAUGUUCAGUACCUCCAAAAAUACUGUCAAUUGUAUAUAUACAUAUAAUCCCACAUUAGACAGCGCUGUGCUGAGAGAAUGACAACCUUGGCCGGGGAUGAAGUCUGAAACGCAAGGGGAGAGCUCCGUGCAGCAAUGCAGGGAUUCCCCCCGAGUAAAUCCUGCUGGCCAGAAAGUCAUAGAGGACAACCAAACGCAAUGAGUACAUGUUAGCAUAGACAGGGUAUACUGAAACUCUGGUGUAGGACGCGACACCAGGUUAAAGACAUGUUGAUACACUGUAGGAUAGCUAUAUAUUUUAUUUUUUAGCUAACAGUCUGUGGGACAGUUUACUGUAGGAUUUUAGUCCCUGCUUUAUAGUAGUAUACGAUUGUAUAAUGGACUGUCAACUGAACUGGAACAAACUGUUCAGAAAACAUUGCUAGCAAGCAGUUAUUCUCACCUUUUGCCAAGAAUUUAGCUUCGUUUCAUCCAGUCACCAGGGAACUUGUAGAAAGCUCCCGAGGUUCAAAGAAUAUUCUCAUUCAUCCUUUUACUUUUAACAGCUGGGAGAUACAGAGACGGAUCUGGUUUUACUCCACGACUCGGCAGUCCAUCUAAACUUGACGUACGCCCCCUUUCUACGUUGGAUUGUGAUUGGACACUGUUGGUGACGUACUCAUCUGCAUGGACUCAAUUGGCUAGAAAUACAGGAAGUUAAAAUCCUUUUCAGAACUUUUUUCAGACAUUAAUAGUCAACCGUAGAAAAUUGUGUUUCUUAAACGGAGAUAAUGAACAUAUACAAAGAAUACUGAUGAUUUAACAUUAUAGACAGGUUUGAAGAACCCUUGCACAUUAUCACUACACAUACAUGUAGAAGUCCUUUUCUGAUGUAUCAAAACAGAAACACCCAUCGUGCUCACUGGUUUUGUUUGCUUUUCCUGGGAACUUUGCUGUUUGUUAUGGCUGUCUCCUUCAUCUCAACCAGAUCAUCCCUUAUGUCCCGUAAUGAGCCUUGACUCAGGCCUGAGCCCGACUACAAUUACCGAGGUUUCUCUAGACAAAGUAACGGCGCUUCCAAACAUUCAACUUGUGCCUGUCCCGUUGUCCAAUUUGGUGGAGGCUGAGGAGGAUGUAUCGGGGGUCAGAGCCAAUCCACCUGCUCCGGUGCUCGCGGGUGAUCAUGAUGGAGACGGGACCUCCCACCCUACACCUAUCGCCUACAUCGAUGGGGUCCCGGUCACCGUAUCCGUACAGAAUGUUGAUGGCCAGCAAAGGAUCGUGUGCGUGGCAUUAAACCCCAGUGGUGCUGCUGUGUCCUUCAUGGACCAACUCACUGAAUCCAAUCCAGAUGGCCCCCCACAGCCCCUCUCGUUGGCAGAAGAGUGGUCCAUCCUCCAUCCUGGUAUGGAGCUCCUCCUGACAGACCCCCUGGAUCCUGUCUCCCAACCCCAGGCUGAUCCCCCUUCCCUGGGUCAGGACCAUCCUCCUCCCUGUCUUCUCCUGGAGGUGCAACAGAGACCUCUGGAACCCCAAACUCAUGAACCCAAGAAAGAAAAGCGGAAAGGUGGAUGGCCUAAGGGGAAGAAGAGGAAACCAAAGAAAGAAUUGACGGCGCCAAAAGCUCCUACAACAGGGUAUGUGAUCUUUGUGAACGAGCGCAGGCUGCAGCUGAGGCAGGAGCAUCCUGACCUGCCCUUCACAGAGAUCACACGCAUGCUGGGGCUGCACUGGUCCCAGCUGGACUCUCUCCACAAGCAGAGGUACAACCACGAGGCGGAGAAGGACAAGCAGCGCUACAUCACAGAGCUGAUGGCCUACCAGAACACCGAGGCCUACCAGGCCUUCCUCCGGAAGAAAGCCCUGGGCAGGGCCACUGGGUUUAAUGGUGUGUGUGUGUGUGGUGCUGACAUGGAGACAGAUGCCCUGGCUCUGAAUCCCAACUAUGGGGAGGAGAGCAGUGAUCUAUUCUGUGGCAUCUGUAAUCAGUGCUUCAGCUCUCUGCACAAUAAGAAAGAGCACCUGCUGGGCAAACAACACCUCCAGACACUCACAGAGGAGUUUGAGAAGGAUAAAGGCAGUCUGCCGAACACAUCCAGUCUGGGGAGAGAGCUCGAGGAGGAGAUAGAGAAGGACACGGAGAGAGAGGGAGGAGAGGAGGAGGAGGAUGAAGAGCUGGCUGGUUUGCUGGGUUUGUCAUCUCUGGACAUCAGUGUUCUCCAGGAGCUACUGAUCAGACAUAUGAACAUGAGAGACUUUGAACUGCAGCACGUGGACGAGUGUGUGGCUCGGGAGAGGCGGAGGCAGGAGCAGCUGAAGGCGGAGCUAGAGGAUCUUCAGGAGCGUAAGGUCUGUCUAGAGGCUGAGCUGGAGGCUCUCAGGGCCUCCGGGGAGAGCCUGGACUCUCACAUCCAAACACUCAGCAUGGAACAGCUACUGUCGCCCGCAGAGAGAGAUGACGACCAUCGGCACGAACAGGCUCCGCCCAUCGCUGCUCUGCAUCAUUGAUGAAACGACGCACGGCGGACCUGUCCUGUGGCGCCAGAGGAUGAGGGGGUGAGGAGAACAAGGAAGAAUACAAAGAAAGGAGGAAGAAGCCCAGAAGAUAGAAGGGACGCACUUUAAACAAUGCACUUUCAGAGGACGUUUGGCAGCUUCCGUGUCCAGGACUGUUUACGUUUGUGGAUUUGUCUGUGUUUGUUUGUUUCUUGUUGUUUUGUUGUGCGGUUCUGUUGGUUUUGAUAAAUGAGUCCAUUUUCUAUGGGCUUGGUCUUUUAGCUGUUGCUGCAAAAAUGGAGAUUUGGACCAAGGUUAACACACACACACACCUCAUUGCUAAUGUCAGACGAGAGCACUUAAGUUCACCGAGCCCCUCUGGUUAAUCCAAGGCCCUAAUACGUCUAUUCUAUACCCCAGUGUUCACAAUGUUCCACAUUAUUCCUCAAUACCUGGAAAUACACUCUUGUAUCGUGUCCUGUCAUUUCUCAACCUGUGGAACUGUAGGCCCAACCGGACUGUGUAUGUCUGGCCCCCUCCUCCCUGUCUAACUGUGGGAGGCAGACAAGGCCUCGGUUCUCCAUGAUGACUGUACUUGUAGGAGAAAACACAGACGUAUAAUCAUGGAAGCGUACUAUUUUCAUCAUGUUUCCUAACUCCUCCCCUAGGUGCAGACAGAGAGCGGCCCUGUCUGUUAGCCUGCUGUAUGGUUACUGUUGCUCUCUGUUAUGGACGCGAGGAACAAAUAUAUUGGACUGGAAGCACUUUCUGUACCAGAAUGUUGUGUGUCUCUCUGUGUUUGGGCUGUUGUUUUGGGGGGGAACGAGCAUGGAAGCUCUGCCUCACACUGCUGGAGGCUAACCCUGGGUGUGAGUCAUGCGCGGGAAACUUAAUGAGCUUCAUAUGAAAUGACACGUCACUCCUGGCUGGUUAGACUGAGGAGAGGGUAGGUUUAACAAUGUUGGAAAAAAUGACAGUUCAGCCUUCAACACUCAUAUUGAAACUUGGUGUGUGUGUUUUUUGGAUAGUAGGCUAGAGACAAUCACUGAAAGAGCCACGCUGUAAUUGGCUUAGAUAGUUUAUGCUCAUGAAUAUGUAAAGCCGAUAUUGUUACCUGCUCAUGAAUAGGCUAAACAAACUAACAAGAAAAGCCUAUUAUGUAAAGUUGAUUGAGUCAGUUGUAGAAACAGAAUCACUAGUUGCUUUCAAAGAUAUUUUCUAAUUAAACAUUAUUAGGUUUUUCAAAUUUGCUUCAGAGGAUUGACAUGCAAGGUCAUCAUCAUGGCUGUCAAACCUUCCUGUGUUCCAUACGAUUAUCUAGUCCCUGUAAAUCAAUACUUCAUGACCUAAUUAAAGCAUUAC